AUGUCAUCAAGAAAACCAGGAGGGAUUGCAUUCAUACACCCAGAUCUAGGUAUUGGCGGUGCUGAGAGACUAGUCGUUGACGCUGCGGUGGGCUUACAAGAAUUGGGCAAUCAAGUAGUCAUUUAUACGUCACAUUGCGAUCUCAAUCAUUGUUUUGACGAAGUUAGCUCUGGCCAAUUGAAAGUCAUUGUGCACGGAGAUUUCCUACCCACACUGUUUUACAAAAGGUUUCAUAUCCUAUUUGCAAUUUUGCGGCAACUAUACUUGGUGCUCGUGUUGAUCAUCUCGGGUGAUAUCAACAACUAUGAUUUCUUCAUUGUUGAUCAAUUAUCUUUUUGCAUCCCGUUUUUAAAUUUCUUUAGUCUGGCCAGUGCCAGAGUCUUGUUCUAUUGUCAUUUCCCUGAUCAAUUGCUUACCAAAAGAACCAGUUUAUUGAAGAGCUUGUACAGAGUGCCCUUUGAUUUCAUUGAAGAGUGGACUACUGGAUGCAGUGAUCAAAUAGUUGUUAAUUCACAUUUCACUAAAGGGAUCUUUCACCAAACGUUUACAAACUUACGCAACAUCGACCCUGGAGUCAUAUAUCCAUGUAUUGAUGCAAACGUUGAAGAGACCGAGGAGUCCAUAAAAGCAGAUCAAGAAGUGACCAAUUUUUUCCAAAACUCAAAGUAUUUCCUAUCCAUCAACAGGUUUGAGAGAUCCAAGAAUAUUGAACUUGCUAUUAAAGCGUUUGCGAAGCUGAAGCGGAUACUUCCAGGAAAGCCGAGAUUGGUCAUUGCAGGCGGGUACGAUGCAAGAGUGGUUGAAAAUGUAGAGUAUUUGAAAGAAUUGACCCAACUUUGUGAUGACUUGAAAAUGACCAAUUUCACCAUACGAGGUAAACUCUUGGUAAUGCCGCCAUCAACUGAAGUGUUGUUCCUACCCAGCGUUAAAUCGUCUCUCAAGGUUGCACUCUUGAAGCAUGCGGAACUACUAUUGUACACGCCUGGAAGAGAACAUUUUGGUAUUGUUCCUGUUGAAAGUAUGCUUUACAAAACGCCAGUCUUGGCGAUAAACUUUGGUGGACCAUUGGAAACGGUGGUUAAUUUUGAUGGAACAAAUAUUGAUGAAGCUACCGGGUUUUUGGUUCCUGGGGACCAUGAAAAGUGGGCAAAAACCAUAACCCGAUACUUCAAUGAAACCGAUGAUGAAAUAAAACGCAGGUUAGGGGACAAUGGGUGUCAUCGUGCCGUUGAGAAGUUUUCUCGUGGUGAAACUAGUUAUGAAUUUGCCAAAAAUUUGGAGUAUGCGGCACGGAGCGCAAAGAAAGUCACGGGCAUACAUUGGAUUCUUUCUGUGAUUGCUGUCAUUGUUCUAGCAAUUGCAUAUGCUGUUUCUAAGGCUAUCUAG